AUGGCCAUCUUACAUGUCUGCGAUACAGGGAUGAGCUCACUAGGCCUCAUGUGCAGCCGUUCAUUUGUGGACAAAGACUUCAUGAUUAUCACCGUCGACAGUUGGAAUGGGCCUGUAUUUGUAGAUCCAACACCAGCUAAUCAACAUCGCUUUAUCAUUGAUGCAUACGCCCCUCUGAACAUAAGCCUGGCAGCACAAGGAUACAGAGCUGUCGACCAGUUUUAUCUGACGAGUUUCCCAGUGGCUAACCUGGGUUUGGUGCCUGGGACUGGUGGAGCCAGACAGGUGGUAUGGCGCCCGACGCGGGACGACAUUGGUUCGUACAUGUUGAUGGUACGAGCCUCAGAUAUUAACGGACAAGAGAGUGCAGAAAGGAGCUUUGUGAUUCAAGUCAGAGAAAGGGAGCCAUUUACUGAAUUGAAACAUCCGACGGAAUCCAGACUGUUUGCUUAUGUACCAAGCAAUACCACCUACCAAUGCCAGUAUGAGGAUACGUGCAUCAUGUCUAUACCGGUUAUAACAAGGUGUGUCUGCUACUGA